UCUAAAGCGCAGACAGAGAAACCAAGAGAGAGGAGAGACACAAAAAAAAAGUGGAGACUGAUUUCUUUUACGCACGGGAGAAAAACAGGCCAACGAGUGAAAUAAAGAACAGAAGGAGAAAGGAAAAUAAUCUUUGGAUAUUUUCCCUCUAAAUGUGUCUUCUUUCCCUCUCAUGACUCUAAGAGGAUUCCAGUUAAAUUGAGCCGCUCCGGAGGAAUUGAUGGUGUCUUUUCGGGGAAGCAGAGCCGAGGGGAGGAAUCUGAAUGCGCGCGGCUGAACCAUGCCAGCCCUGUGGAUCAUAACUUUGGCGAUCACUUUGAACCAAGCGUGGUGCAUUCACUUCUCUCAGGAGCCCGCGGACCAGUCGGUGGUGCUGGGAGAACGGGUGGUGCUGUCCUGCGUGGUUUUCAACUACAGCGGCAUCGUCCAGUGGACCAAGGACGGCCUGGCCCUCGGCAUCGGGGAGGGGCUCCGAGCCUGGCCCAGGUACCGUGUGCUCCGGGCUCUGGACAUCGGCCAGUAUAACCUGGAGAUCUCCCACUCUGAGCUGUCCGAUGACUCUCUGUACGAGUGUCAGGCCACGGAAGCCGCCCUGCGCUCCAGGAGGGCCAAACUGAAUGUACUCAUCCCGCCCGGGGACCCGGUGGUCGAGGGAACCCCGGAGCUCCUGCUGAUGGCCGGGAACCCGUACAACCUGACCUGUGUGACCCGCGGGGCCAAGCCUGCAGCGCACAUCCAGUGGACCAAGGAUGGAGUGGCUGUGGAGGGGGCCCAGCAGUCCACGGAGGUUUUACCUGACAGGAAGAGGGUGACGACCAGGAGCUACCUGCCCAUCACACCGGCCGACACUGACAGCGGUCGCAACUUCACCUGUGUUGCCAGCAACCCGGCGGUUCCUAUGGGCAAACGAGCUACCGUUGCCCUCAACGUCCACCACCCUCCCAUGGUGACCCUGUCCAUCGAGCCUCGCUCCGUCAUGGAAGGUGAGAGAGUCACCUUUACCUGCCAGGCCACCGGAAACCCUCCAAUCAUCGGAUUCAGGUGGGCGAAAGGUGGCGUGCUGCUGGAGGGGGCGAGGGAGAGUGUGUUCAUGACCACAGCUGAUCACUCCUUCUUCACCGAGCCCGUGUCCUGUCAGGUCUUCAACGUCGUGGGAAGCACCAACGUCAGCAUCCUGGUGGACGUGCACUUUGGUCCUAUACUGGUUGUGGAGCCCCGGCCGGUUACAGUAGACGUGGACUCUGACGUCACUCUGAACUGCAAGUGGUCCGGAAACCCCCCCCUCACCCUCACCUGGACCAAAAAGGGCUCCAGCAUGGUGCUCAGCAACAACAAUCAGCUGUAUUUGAAGUCAGUGAGCCAGGCCGAUGCAGGCCAGUAUGUCUGCAAGGCCAUCGUUCCCCGGAUUGGAGUCGGAGAGACGGAGGUUACCCUCACUGUCAACGGCCCUCCAAUCAUCUCCAGCGAUCCAGUUCAGUACGCUGUCAGAGGGGAGCGGGGAGAGAUCAAGUGUUACAUCGCCAGCACCCCCCCACCUGAUAAGAUUGUCUGGGCGUGGAAGGAAAACGUGUGGGAGAAGGAGAAGGGCACGCUGAUGGAGCGGUACACCGUGGAGCAGAGUAAACCUCAAGCCCAGGGCGGAGCCGUCCUCUCCACCCUCACCAUCAACAACGUCAUGGAGACAGACUUCCACUCACCGUACAACUGCACCGCCUGGAACUCCUUCGGACCCGGGACCAUGAUCAUCACCCUGAAGGAGACGGAUAUUGUUCCAGUGGGAAUUAUCGCCAUUGGUACGGUGGGCUCCUGCAUUCUGCUGCUUAUGUUUCUCCUGGCGCUCGCCUUCUUCCUCUACCGCCAACGCAAAGGCAGUCGCCGCGGUGUCACCCUCGGUAAACCAGACAUCAAGGUAGAGACGGUCAACAAAGAGACCCACAGCCUGGAGGAGGAGGCGGCCGACGUCUCCACGGCAACCCGGAUGGUCAAGGCCAUGUACUCCUUUUUGCCCUCUGUUUCCCUCUCUCCCUCCACUCAGCCGUUCAAAGACGACAUGGACCUGAAGCAGGACAUCAGGAGCGAGAGCGACACCCGGGAGGAGUACGAGCUGAAGGAUCCAACCAAUGGCUACUACAACGUCCGAGCCACCACCCAUGAGGAGGCGCGCCCCCAGUCCCGUGCCAUCCACUACCAGGGCGAGUUCCGCUCUCCGAACCCAAAUAUCGGACCGGCCGGCCCCACCUCCAGCGGAUCCCCUGCUGGAGCCAGUGGUGCUGUUCCCCCCAGCGCGGUGCCAGGAUCAAGAACAGGCUGCUACGACCCCCGCCCGCCAUCCAGGAUAUCCCACGGCACCUACGCCCAGUUCAACACCUUCACCCGGGUGGCUCAGAGCCAGCAAGCACCUCCCAUACCAGCUCUACAGUCGCCUGGAGAUUACCCCGGGGACUGCGGACUGAUGGACAACACCACCCAGCUGGCCUAUGACAACUACGGGUACCCCUCCCAGUAUCCUACUUACCGCAUAGGCUUUGCUCCGCCCAUAGAGGAAGGGCCAGCCUACGAGAUGUAUCCGACAGGACAAGGGACCGGGCCAGUGCUAGUGCCGGGGCCAGGGAUGAGCCCGGGGCCAGGGAUGAACCCGGGGCCAGGGAUGGGCCCGGGGCCAGGGAUGGGCCCGGGGCCAGGGAUGGGCCCAGGGCCAGGACAAGGACCAGGACCAGGACCAGGACAACAGAGUCCUGAAGCGGGGCUGGGGCAGUAUGGAACCGCCACUCGCUUCUCGUACUCGUCUCCGCCUUCUGAUUAUUCCCAAAGACACACGCAGCGGAUGCAGACUCACGUUUGAGAAACACACUCUCUCUUUGACUUGCUUUUUGAAACUGCAGUACGUAUUACACGCAUUAAUCAAAAACGAAACAAAAAAAGAAAUUCUGUUUCCAUAGCAUCCAGUGCAUGGAAUUUGGUUCAGUUUUUAACCGAUAAAACCCCACGACAACUCACCGCAGCAUCGCUACGAAACACACUCAGCAGCAACUCACACAACACAUGCAAAGCGAUGUUCACACGCGGACCUGCAGGGUGACAGCGAGAGCCACAAUCAUGAGGAAAGAGACGGAAAGAGAAGAAGAGCGCACAGAGCUUGAAGAGGAGCAGAGGAACUUUUCCCUUCCUGAAUUCCUGGUCUUGCUCUUCAUCUCCCUGCAUCACACUUUGCUCAUCUCUGUAAAUAGGUGCAAAUGGAGGUCAUUUUAAAGUUAUUUCCUUGUACAAACCUAUACGAUGUGAUGCAGUACAGUGACCUACAGCAAACCGUCCUGUUAUACACAACUCUCUCACACACACACACACACACACACACACACACACAGACACACACACACACACACACACACACACACACACACACACACACACACAGAUCCUUGAGGACUUAUUCCGAUGUAUUGCAGCAACGGGGCAGCUUGGACUAUAAACAUAUUUGGCACUUUUUGAUCCUUUUCCUCACUAAAACUUGCCCAGUGGCCAUUGCCUACAGGAUCUACCUUGAUUUAACUGGGACACAGUUUCUUAAAGUGGUACAGUUAGUGACCAGAGUGCCAAUGCUUACGUGCCAACAGACACAAAUUACGAAAGUGUGUCUUCUUUUGUAAGUCUGGAGAAUGAGGUUUUCCACAUCUGCGAGCAAAGGAAAGGAGUGGUAGCAAGCGUCUCCGAAUGCUCAUUUCUCCUCCUCGUCCGUCAUUUUUAAUCAUCCCGAUGCAUUUCACUCGAGGUCAUCGCUGUACACAGUAUUUGUGAAACGAGGUGUGGCGGGAGAGCUUUUUUCAUUCAAUCAAUUUCUGCAAUUUGUACAAAAAAAAGAUACCUCCCCUCCAGUGUCAAAAAAAAGUAUUUGUUUCUCUCACUUGCACAGUAGGAUAGAUUUUGUUCCCAUAUUUAUACGGAAACUACGAAAAGAAAAAGGCAUUCUGAAACAUUUUAUAGUAUUUUUAUAAGGGGUUGUGGACCAAAGGUUCAGCGUUUUGGGUGAAACUCACUUUUUAAUGUAAUGGAAACGUUUUGAGUUUCUUCAAAAAGGUGAUGGAUGGUGUUUAUUUGAGUGGUUGUUUGUAGACUGAAAUGAAAGAAAUUGAAGAGCUUCAAUCCACAAGGAUCAAUAUCCAGCAGAUCUAUUUGGUGGAUACCUCUGUUUGGUGUGAAACUCUCUCUUUGACUUCCAGUCUUUGGACCGGACUGCCUUUUUUUCAAUCGUCGACGACAUUCAAAAUGAUGGAUGGAGAAGAAAGCGGCUGCUCUCUUUGAGCUGUGAACUAUGUAAGCAAUGUGAAGUGUAGUCUAACAUAUCAAAACGGAGGUACAGAGGAUUCUAUCUAGCUCAUACGGUACUGUGUACAUUUAUAUGUAAGUAUAUUGGUUUGUUCCCUGCAGAAGAAACAUUUGGUGGUAUUUUACGUCUGAGAUUACUUUCGUUAUCGUGUGUCAGCUUUGGUACGUGUGAUUGGAUUUCAACCCAACAGGCUCAUAAUAAUCAACGUAUUAAAUUAUCCUACUAACCUCUACUGGUGCAACUACAGGUCUGUUAUAACCAACUCCCAGUAACAAAUAGUUUAACAACAAGAGAGAAGAUCGUAUGUGUCCGUCUGACUCAUCGGAUCUUUAAAAAAUCAGGACGUUUUUCACCGCCAAAUCAAUCCAAGUUAAUGCUAUUAUCAACCAUCAAAAGAAGUGUGUAUUGUACCUGGAAUAUGAAACAAUGAAAUAUAUUGCCUUAUAACAACAUCUAAAUGAGUUAUCAUAAGAAAUAAAUCAUUAAAAGUAUUUAAAUACCAACUUCGGUUACAAGAGGACAUUAUUAGACCGUUUUAUAGAGAGCUUUGAAUGCCUCCUCCCCACAGGAGAUAAUUUGACUCCCAGCGACUUAUCAAUAAUGUUGUUUGUGUGCUUAAGUAAGAUCAAAUUCCUUCUGGUUUUAAAAUUGCUUCAUGUUCUGAUUUGAAAGUAAAAUUGGAUUUGUUUUGUAUCGCACAAAUUCACCUGUAAUGGUGACAAUCAGUGUGGAUUAGACUCGGCAGCAGCAGCAUCAAACUUUACUUUAUACUAAACUCUAAACUUCCAUUGUUUUUAUUCCUUUAGGGACUUUUAGAUAAUACAUGACUCUUUCAAACAAUCACCAGGAACUGCUUUGACAUGUUCUUAAAGGCACGCUUUAUUGAAACACACCUUCUUCUCUUUCUAUCUCUUCCAUACAUUUGUGAGCCGUAAAACAAUGAUAGCAGAUGCUCUGAAAGAAAGACCCGAGGCGGCAAAGUGAACUCAAAUAUCUUAGCAUCUCUGGAGGUAAUCAUCGAGUCUUUAUACUUAUCAGCCACCCCAUCAACCCUUCACAGAUACAUUAUAUUAUGGUAAUUCUUCUUUGCUAGGGGGGCAGUAAAAGUUGUAUUUAUUGCCCCUGUUUUGAAUAAACACUUUCAUAAAGGAAACGGCCGCCACGCCACUGAUUAGAGUAUCAGAUGGCGCUUCAAGGUCACCGUAUAAAACAUUUCAGUAUAGUUAGAGGAGAAGAACGGCAGACGGAGCACCCUUUUAAAUUUAUACGGUUAUCACAGCCUUGGUACUGCAUACUAUUACCUCUUUACAACCCUUUUUUACAGAGUUGUAGCCGUGCGGUGUUUUGCGUCCGACUUGAAACGAUGCUAUGACCUUGUGUAGAAUGAGAACAUUUGACACGGAGGACGAAGUGAGGCCAACAAAAACAAAGCCAGGUACUUACUCCUUCCCUCUUUAGUUUUUACACUCUGCUGACAUUGGGGGGGGCGUAUUAAUAUGUAAAAGACACCAUGGAUGCCAAAAAUGCUAAGCAGAGGUAGAGUUGAAAUGCAGUUUAUGAGGGAGUCUGGAAGUGUUUACUGCACCUCUUCUCCUUGUGUACCUCUCAUCGCUUUACUCCCCUGUGUCACAUCAACAGCUUCCCAUUUAAGAGGUUGUCAUUUAAAAAAUACUCCUCACGUCAACAGAGGAAUCAUUUCUCUCAUAGCUUUCUUCCAAAUGUUCUUCACAUGGAGUAGUGUAUCUUACGUUAGUGUAUAUAUGUUGGAGCAUUGGGAGAAUAUACAGCUUCAUGUCGUCCUCCACGUUCAUUUCUUUGUAUGAUAAUCAGUAUUUUCACUUUAUUUUUUCUUGGGUUCCAUUUGUGUUGUAACCUCACCAGUGGAAGAAUGGACAAUUGUCGAAAGUGUGUGUCUUAUAUGCAGUGUUUCUUUUGCAUCAGAGAGAGGGGGUUCUGAUUAAUCAACCCAGCGAAAAAACGAGAUUGCAUGUGUGUGGCCAAACGACUACUCAGCCAGGCCGCAAAUAGCCAAAACUCUGUGUCAACUAGGCCAACCCACGGCUAAAAAAACCAGGCCAGAGCCACAGCUAACUUCUCUGUGCCACGCCGCGCUUUCCAAGACCAACUCGAGUGUCCAUUUUUACCUUGUGGAGUCUUCACUGAGUGCCAAAAGCAGAAAAUGAACUGAGCAGACAAACAAAUGCAGCAGCCAUUUGUGUUUUGUGUGUGUAUGCUCAUGGGUGUGUGUGUGUGUGUGUGUGUGUGUGUGUGUGUGUGUGUGUGUGUGUGUGUGUGUGUGUGUGUGUGUGUGUGUGUGUGUGUGUGUGUGUGUGUGUGUGUGUGUGUGUGUGUGUGUCUCCAUAAACAUGUACUGUCCAACAUGCUUUUUUGUGGAUGUGUGUGUUUGCAGCCUGUAACACCAUGUGUGUUUUCAAACCAUUAUACGUGUGUUGGGACCACUGGACUGUAGACAUUAGGGUUUGACUCACUGGUUUGACUAAAUAUCGGAUACUAUCAGCUCAUAAGCCCAAUUUUUGUGAAAAAUCUUGAUUGAUUUGAGCAACCACUACGAUAUCUUGCAUCAAUUAGAGAUGACAUGUAGGAGGGACAAGAUAUGGCUCUUUCAACUGAUGGUGGGAGGAUAAAAUGACCCCUAAAAACAAGUGAAACGAAAUUCCAAUUCAGUCUAAAAGGCUAGUAAAAACAAAAACUGAGACUAUUAAACCCUACUGAUCCAUUAUAGUUUUAAGGUUUGGUUUGGGAUUUCUUCUUAGUCUUGAACGGUGGAAACAGACACUUUUAAAAACACUCUCUGCCUGAUUGUGUCUGACCUGUCAGUGUCCUUGCCUGAUUAGUCACUUAUUUCUGGGAGACUUCAAACAAUAUCAGCCUUGACUAGUAGAAGUUAAUUCAGCAUUGGUAACACAUUAGGUUUGCUCACCUUGUUUUCUACACAAGCAGUCGAUGUGGAGAUACGUUCUUCCUAUUGUCAUCCUGCUACUGCCUACAGAAAGAGAACCAAAAUGUAACUAUUUGCUAAAUUCCCUCAUGCAGCGGCAUGGACCUGGUUCAUGUUCACACCGUCUCGUGCCUGCAAAGUUUACGUGAAUGAUCAUGUGAUGAGUUUGACUGCAAUCAUUUCUGAAACGGUGCUAAAACGAUCUCAUGUGCACGGGUAUCAUAAGUAUAGUGUGGCUGUAGACCUAGCCUCUUUGCUGCCUCAAGUGGUAUAUAAAGAUGCUGUUUUAAAACACCAUUGCCUGUUUUAUCAAAAUGUGUUAACCCCAAAUUAAUUGGGACUAAAAUCUGAUGGUUUAUAACUUCAGACUGCCUUUAUGAGCUGUCAAACGUAACAGAAUUGUAUCUCCAAUUUAUCGUCCCCUAACACUUUCCACCUUGUUGAGGAGAUUCAGUUGCUAUACAAAUGAUACAUUUUGAAGGAGUAAAAUAUUAACCACAUCAGUCAAACCCUAGUUGAAAGCAGCACAGCUGGUAGGACAGAGUGAAGGAGACAUGGCCUUAGGACACGAGGAAGGAGCCCGAGCUCGUCCCUCAUUCUGUGAAACAGCUGCACCAGUGAACAGGAUUAAUUGAUGUUCAGCGCAUGAAGACGGCCAUCAGAACAGAGAGGAGGACGCCGUAUCGCACUUCAAAAAUGUUUGGAGUGGGGGUGUGCGUGUGGGGUGAGAGAGGGACCGUGAGGGUGUUCAUAUAAGCAUAUAUUCAGCCUUUAUUUUAACCCUAUAUCUUGUUCACAUGUGUAUUAUGUUCAUGUUGGGUUUGAUGACUUGUUUAUCGCUUUUAUUUGAGAAAAAAAACUGUACAAAAACAUUCAAGAUAUUACUGAAAUGUUCUUUUAUUUUCAUGUUUUUCUUUUCAAAUUGUAUGUAAUUAUUUUUCCACAGUAUUACAGAAAAUAAAA